AUGUCAACGAAGAAUGAGGCCCCGCUCCCACAGAAUGGUGAACUGCCAUCCAGCCAGAGUGACGAGGUGACUGGCAGACGCGUGGAGGCCCGGGAUGUGGAGCCCCAGAGGCUCGUCCACUCGCAGUCCAAGUCCCUGUCUGCUGCCAACUUGUCUCCCCUGCCCGUGAGGGCGAAGCUGCUUCGUCCUGAGGAUGUGGAGGAGGACACACAGGACGUGGACACCCUGUCCUCCUACGUCUGGUCUGAGCAAGACAGUGAAGACGUGCUGGAGUCUGCGGAGAAGGGCGAGUCCAAGGAGGACGCGCCCGUAGAGCGACCGUCCUGGGCCAAUAAGAUGGAGUACCUCCUGGCCCAGGCGGGCUUCUCUGUGGGCCUGGGCACCAUCUGGCGCUUUCCUUAUCUGUGUUUUCACAACGGAGGUGGCAGUUUCCUCAUUAUCUACAUCCUCAUGCUGUUCCUAGUCGGGGUUCCUCUGCUCUUCCUGGAGAUGGCAGCCGGCCAGAGGCUGCGUCAGGGCAGCAUCGGCGUGUGGAAGGUCAUCAGCCCCUGGAUCGGUGGUGUGGGCUAUGCCAGCUUCACGGUGUGCAUCAUCGUGGCAUCGUACAACAGUGUGCUCAUGGCCUGGAGUCUCUUCUACCUGAUUCAGUCUUUCCAGUCUCCACUGCCUUGGGCAUUGUGCCCUAUGAUGAACUCCAGUGCUUUGGAUCCUGAGUGCACGCGGACCUCCUCCACUACCUACUUCUGGUACCGGAAGAUGUUGAAGGCUACAGAUGAAAUUGAGUUGGGUGGGCUGCCAGUCUUGCAUCUCAGCCUGUCUCUCUUUGCGACCUGGUCAAUUAUCUGCAUCUCCAUGAUCAAAGGGCUCAGAUCAACGGGGAAGAUGCUGUAUGUCUCAGUGCUUCUCCCCUAUAUCAUCCUCUUCUGCCUCCUGAUCCGGAGUCUGCUGCUGGAAGGCGCCUACUUUGGUCUCAAGAGUUUGUUGGCGACCAAGGCAACAGCCCUGUACUCCAUGGAAGUGUGGCGCCGCACAGGGAACCAGCUGUUUUUGUCCACAGGCCCUGGCUUUGGCAGCUUCACCGCGAUCAGCUCAUACAUCCCUCGGUCCAACAACUGUGUCACGGAUGCCUUUGCUGUGGCCCUUCUCAACCUGGCCGCCUCGAUGACUGCCACUCUGGUCGUAUUUGCCAUAAUGGGCCACUUGGCCACGGUGGACACCAAGAAAUGUUACCUGAAGAAUGCUGACACAGUGGUGAAGCUGGCGGCUACUGGGGUCCUGCCUCCCGAGGCCCUGCCCCCAGAUAGCCUGUAUCAGGAUCCCAGCGCCAUCUACAUGAAGUGGAUCCAGGGCCUCCCCACGGAAAUCAAAAACAAGGUUAUGGAGGGUCCAGGUGUGGCCUUUGUGGCGUUUACUGACCUCAUCUCUGUGUUUUCUGGACCCACCUUCUGGUCCAUCAUCAUCUUCCUGAUGCUGGCAAACCUGGGGCUCAGCACCAUGAUAGGGAUCAUGCAGGGCAUUAUCACCCCCUUGCAGGACACCUUCUCUGCCCUCAGGAGGCACGCCAACCUGCUCACAGUGGGCGUCUGUAUGUCGAUGUUCCUGGGCAGCCUCAUCUUUGCCAGGCCCUCGGGCAGCUACCUUGUGAACCUGCUGGAUGAUUACUGGGCUUCUCUGCCCCUCUUCUUCAUUGUCAUCGUGGAGAACGUGGCCAUGGCCUGGAUCUAUGGGGCCAGGAGGUUCCUUGCAGACGUGAUUGUCAUGCUGGGCCACGCCCUCUCCCCUGUGUAUCGCUGGCUGUGGUCCUGUCUGUCUCCGGUUGUGAUGCUGAUUCUGUUUGUGACCACGCUGAUCCACCUUUGUGUGAAAAGCAUCACCUACGUGGCCUGGGACUCGAGCAUUUCGGAUGAGGUGAUCCGGGUCUACCCACGGUGGACUAACGUGCUGCUCGUGGUUCUCAUCAUCACCACCAUCUUGCCCAUCCCUGCCUACUUCUUGUACAUCCUCAUGAAGGUGGCUUUCCCGGUCUCCAAGACCCAAAGUCCAUCGGCCGGAAUCCAUUCAGACAGGACCGACGUUUCCUGGUUGAGGACCUCCGGGUGCUGCCGGAGACUCUGCUCGGCGAGCCCAGGGUCCCCUCGGGAGUUCGGGGCCUGCAAGGAGAGAGCCAUGGAGCCCUACGAGGAGUCGUCGGACGUGACGGUGGACGAGCCCUCCCCCAAGCUCUGCCCCUCCAGUUCCCUGUCCUGGAUGUUCAAGGCCAAGGGGGUCCGGGCCGCCAGAGUCCAGAACUACUUCACCCAGAGCAAAAGAACCGGGACCGUCUUGACCUCCAUCGCCUUCUCCGUCGGGAUGGGCAGCCUGUGGCGCUUCCCCUACCUGUGCCACCGCAACGGAGGGGGCAGCUUCAUCCUGAUCUACUUCCUCAUGCUGCUCUUCUUGGGGAUCCCCCUGCUGUACAUGGAGAUGAUGAUAGGACAGUGGCUGCGGGUGGACAACAUCCGGGUCUGGAAGCGUCUGGUGCCCUGGCUGGGCGGCCUGAGCUACGUCAGCAUCCUGGCGUGCAUGCUGGUGAGCUGCUACAACAGCGCCAUCACCUCCUGGAGCAUCUUCUACCUGGGCAACGCCUUCCACCCCACGCUGCCCUGGGACUCCUGCCCCCUGCUGAAGAACAGCAGCGGCCCUGGCUUCUCGUGCCUCCAGACCGUGCCGCACCAGCACUUCUGGUACCACAGCGCCCUGCAGGCCUCGGGCCACAUCGAGGACGAGCUCCAGGCCUUGGUGCUGACCCUCAGCCUGGGCAUCUUCACAACCUGGAUCUUCCUCUCCUUCAUCCUGGUCACGGGCAUCAAGAUCUGGAUGUCGAUGCUCACUUUCCAGGUGCUCCUCCUGUAUAUUUUCCUGCUCUGCUUCUUCAUCCGGGGCCUCUUCCUGGAAGGCGCAGCCAGCAGCCUCAGCCGGAUGGUGACCACAGAGCUCUCAGCCUUGGCCUCUCUGGACCUGUGGCGCCAGGCGGGCGGCCACAUCCUCUACUCCCUGGGCCUGGGCACGGGCACCGUCAUCACCUUCUCCUCCUACAAGGCCGGGAGUGACAGCUGUGUCAGGGUGGCCUCCUUCGUGGCGCUGGUCAGCCUGCUGACCUCGCUGCUGGCCACUUCCAUCAUCUUCCUGGUGCUGGGGUUCUGGGCCUCCACGAGUGGCCCUGCCUGUGUCGAGAAGAAUGUCUCCAAUUUGAUGGAGCUGGUGUCCAUGGGGGUGCUGCCUCGGGACGCCUCGCCCCCCGAAGACCUGUCCACGUGCCCCCUGAAGUUCCUGGCCUGGGUCGCCAGCCUCCCGCAGCACCUGCAGCCUCAGGUCGUACACAGGGCCCCGCCCUGCAGCGUCAAGAAGCAGACGGAAAAGCUGAUGGAAGGCCCCGGCCUGGCCUACGCAGCCUUCUCCCAGGUCGUCUCGCUGUUCCCCGGCGCCUCCUUCUGGGCCAUCGUCUUCUUCCUGGCCCUGCUCACCACCGGCCUGGGCCCCCUGAUGCGGCUCCUGCAGAGCGUCGUCUUGCCCCUGCAGAACUCCGUCCCUGUCUUCGCCAGGCACCCCAAGCUGGCCCCAGUCAUCGUGUGCUCGGGAGGCCUGCUGGGCAGCCUCGCCUUCGGCAGCCGCGCCGGCAGCUACCUCGUGUCGCUGGUGGACGACCACCUGGUCCCGCUCACCCUCGUCGUCGUGGUCACCUUCCAGAACAUGGCUCUCGUUUGCAUCUAUGGCGCCAGGAGGGCCCGGGAGGAGAUCUCCAUGGAGCUGGGCUACCAGCUGCGGCACAGCCUCACCUUCCUGUGGGGCUACGUGACGCUGCCCGGGCUGCUGGCCCUGCUCUGCGUCUGCCUCAUCCAGCUGCACCAGCCGGGAGCGGCCACCUACGUGGCCUGGAACAGCAGCUCGAGCCAGGAGGCACGGCAGCCCUACCCGAGGAGCACCCUGGGCUGGGCCACCUGCCUCAGCGUGCUCACCCUCCUGCCGCUGCCGGUGCAGCCCCUCUACCACUGGUGGAAUCACCAGGACCCCGCGGUCGCCGACGCCUGCAACAAGCCGCUGUCCAAGAAGAAGCCUGCGCUGCCCCCCAAGCCCGAGCCCCUGCCGUGGGCCAAGCUGCAGGGGGACAGCCUGAGCCUGGGCUCCCAGGACAAAAUCUACGAGAGCUCCUCGUUCAGCCUGCCCCUGGUCACCUCGGCCUUCUCCAUGGUCAGCAGCAACCUGGCCCUCUCCAGGCAGGCGAGCCCGGCCCUGCCGGCCGCCGAGAGCAGCAGCGGGCAGCGGGCCGAGGCCCCCGAGGGAGAGGAGGAGGCGCCUGCCCCGUGA